AUGCAAUCCCUAAGUAUGGAAGACGAUUUAUUUGAUGAUUUAAAAGAGCAUGAAAUGCUUGUGGUAUAUGAAAACGAAGAAGACAAGCUUUAUAAUGAGUUAAGUGUAUUUGGUAUUGAAUAUGCUGAAGCAUACGUUGGCGGUUCUGAAGAGUUAAAGAUUGUGUUUAUGAAGCAUUUCAAUCUGUCAAAGUUUCCAGUGCUAAUAUUGAAUGGAAUGCCAGUGUUGGAUAAUAUUGAAAGUAAAGUCGAAGAGUACAUGAAAUUAAAAGACCAAGAUGUUAUGAAGAAAAUUGAGGGAGUCAUGGAUCCAAAAAAGAUAGUUGUUUUUAUAAAAGGAUCACCUGAAAGUCCAAAGUGCGGGUUCACCAGAUCGCUUAUUGACACACUGCUUGGCGUGGGUGUUUCAAUGGAUAAGAUCGCAUACUUUGACAUUUUGAAAGACGAAGAUGUUCGUAGAAAGAUGAAGGUGUUGAAUAACUGGCCUACAUUUCCUCAGGUUUAUAUCAAGGGUGAGUUUGUAGGGGGGCUGGAUGUCAUUAAGCAAAUGAAUGCAAAAGGGCAGCUUACUAAAAACUUUCUUGGGAUAUUCUAG